AUGGAUGAUCCUCCAAAGUCCGAGGACUUUUCGGUAAAAUCUGUGAUUGCUGCUGAUAUUGAUAUUGAGCCAAGAAGACGCUCCUUAAGGAAUCAAAAGAGUUCUAAGUCUCCAAGUGGAGUCUCUAUGGAGCCACGUGAAAACGGCAUGGGAUCACAAGAGGUAGAGCAAAGUUCAACGGGCCUUGCGACGAGUCUUCCCAGACAUUCCGGCAAAAAGGUCAAGAAGUCGGAGUCCGAUCUCCUCGACGAGGCAAUGAAGCCACUGACGGAGGAAGAACGUAAGGCUUGGAAAGGAUGGUGUGAACUAGAGAGUGAUCCAGCACUUUUCAAUUUCAUAUUGCGGGAGUAUGGUGUCAAGGACGUCAAAAUUCAAGAGGUUCUGGGAUUGGAGGAUGAAAUGUUACGAUAUCUACCUAAACCAGUAUAUGGACUAGUAUUUUUGUUUAAAUUCGUAGAGGAUAACUCAGAAGAUAAAGAACCACCAAGAUGUCCGAAUCACGUUUGGUUUGCCAAUCAAACUACCCACAACGCCUGCGCUACUAUUGCUCUUCUGAAUAUUGUCAUGAACGUCCCAGAUCUUGAUCUCGGGGCCAGUAUUAGCAGUUUUAAGGAUGACACGCACUUUUUAAAACCGGCAUACCGCGGACAAAAACUCAGCCAGAACGAAUACAUCCGGAAUCUCCAUAAUUCAUUUGCACGAAGAAUGGAUAUUUUAAACGCCGACCUGGCUCUUUCAAACGAGGUUUCCGCCUGGAAAAAAAAGAGGAAAACGGAAAAGAAAUCUGGGAAGAGCAAGUCCAGGUCAGAUGAGGAGUCGGGUUUUCAUUUCAUUGCAUUCGUUCCUGUGGAGGAUGUCGUAUGGAGACUUGAUGGCUUGCAACGUCAACCAGUCAGUUUAGGAGAAUUCAAAGAAGACUGGAUAUCCGUUGCCCGUGCCAAUAUCUAUCAGCAAAUUGGCAAAUAUGGUGAUGGGUUGCAAUUCAAUCUUUUGUCCUUGUGUAGAAGUCCUCUCCACACCAUUCCACUGGAACUCGCCCAAAAUGUACACGCAAUUAAACUCGUUGAAACUAUGCUGUCGCAAGAUAAUCCCGAUUCGAACAACUUCAGUCAGACUGACGUUUCCGAGCUUAUGAGAGGACCCUCGGAGGCAUUUGGCGUGACAGAUAAGCUACUUCACGACAUAGCACUUCAUGCGAGUACGGGUAAGCUACUCGAGCAAGAAAGUACAGAUACGAGUGCUCUUCUUCAGUUGUAUCAGCAGUGGGUUGCUGAGCAAAGGGCGCUACGCAUCGCUUACAUGGAAGAAUUGUCCUCGGUCAAUGACGAGAACGAGCAGGCAGCGAGACGUAAGAAAGACCACACGCCAAUAGUAUAUCGUACAUUGAGAAGCCUAGCCGAGAAGGGAGUUUUAAAAGAGAUUAUGGAAGAAGUCCAGUCGACAUAG